AUGGAUGCGGGUGAGGUGUGUACCAGCCCACCUGAAUACGCGUGGCCGAUCUCGGGCAGAGAUCGCCAUCGCGCCUUAGAAAUGUCAACCGGAAACAGGGCACUAUCUGGAGUCUGCGAACACAUUCUAUACUUCCUCUCCUACACAGUCUUCGUUCUAUUCCUCCCUGUGUCAGUUUUCAUCUGUCUAAAGGUUGUGCAGGAGUACGAACGCGCGGUAAUCUUUCGACUGGGUCGUGUGAUGCCUGGUAGUAUGAAGGGACCAGCAUCGUCAACCUCGCACGUCGAUCAUCACAGCGUGGUCGAUGGAGUAGGAAAAAAGUACAGGAGCCAACCGCGUCAGCCGUCAAAAUUGUAUGCAAAUGGGAAGAUAUUUGAUCGUGAGGUUAUAAGUUUUCUCGGAUUCGUCCAUCCUCAGCACAUGCUCUCCUUCCGUCAGAUUCUCACAAAAGACUCAGUGACAGUCUCGGUGGAUGCGGUUAUUUACUACAAAGUCUUCGACGCAAUGAUCUCGGUGGCCAAUGUGGAGAACGCGCACCACUCGACGCGGCUUUUGGCCCAAACCACCCUGCGCAAUGUACUUGGCACGAAGCGACUCUCUGAGAUCCUCUCGGAGAGAGAUGUUAUCAGCUCGUCCAUGCAGAGUGUACUGGAUGAUGCUACGGAAGCCUGGGGAAUCAAAGUGGAAAGGGUGGAGAUAAAAGAUGUACGUCUUCCUGUCCAACUCCAAAGAGCGAUGGCUGCAGAAGCCGAGGCGACGCGUGAGGCCCGUGCAAAGGUCAUUCAAGCCGAGGGCGAGCGAAAGGCGUCACGAGCCUUGCGUGAGGCGAGUUUGAUGCUAAACGAUAAGCCAGUUGCUCUGCAACUGCGCUACCUCCAGACCCUCUCGGGGAUCGCGGCCGAGCACCACUCGACCAUCAUUUUUCCCCUUCCCAUUGACCUCACCACCAGCUUCCUAAUGAGCAAUCCUGCACAAUCCAUGAAGAGCGGCAUCAACGGCCAUCCCACCGCCACUGCUGCCACCACCACAACCAGUACCGCCACCACGGCCACCACCAUGUCCAGCUGUAACAACAACAGCUCCGACCUGAAUGUAUAG